AUGCUUAGAAAACAUUUCCGAGCGACCCAGCAUCCCAAUUCGAUCCGCCUGUUCACAGAACCUCAAUCAUGCUGCGACAAGCGCCGUGCCGCUUCAUACGCUGCAAAUCCCCUGUCUUCCGACACAUACCGCAAUCGCGACGACUUCUCUCCACCGCACCACCCUCUCAGAAAUCACGAAGCUGGAAGAGCUCCACGGCAAGAUGGGGAAUCGCCAUCGGUCUUCUGUAUUGGUACAAUACCAACAACCUAUUCGCUGAAGAAGCUGCUUGUUGACCCAAUAUCACAACCUCUCUCCCCCUCAGAUGAAGUCUCCCUCCCCACCCUCGACUCCAUCGCGGAGGCCCGUCAACAAAAACCCUCACCCCCCUCCUCCCCGCCUCCUCCACCCUCAGAAUCAUCAAACGCAAGCUCAACUCUUGAGGAGACAGAAGAGGAUGCCCACGCCCAAGGCGCCUUCAACGAAGAAACCGGCGAGAUAAAUUGGGACUGCCCGUGCCUGGGUGGGAUGGCCCACGGGCCCUGUGGCCCCCAAUUCCGCGAGGCGUUCUCCUGUUUUGUGCAUAGCGAGGAUGAGGUGAAGGGGAUGGAUUGUGUUCAGCAUUUUCAGGCGAUGCAGGAUUGUUUCCGUGCGCAUCCGGAGGAGUAUGGGGAGCAAUUUGAGCAGCAGAGUGAGGAGGUGGAAGGGGCAGUAGGGGGCGAGGUUGAGGGGGAUGGGGAGGUUGUGGGAGGGGUGGUGAAGGGCGGUGAGAGGGGGGAUGAGGAGGUGGGAGGGACUUUGUCCGUUGCAAGGCAGGGAGCGGUUCGUGAUGGUGGAAUCGGUGGAGCAGAAAAUGGGUCAUCUCAACCACCUACCCCGGUCACUGCGGAGGCAAAGACUGGUGGUGGAAAGGGGGCUGUGACGGCAAAGGCCAAAAAGGCGAAGGAGCAGGUUUCAAAGGAUUUUGGUGAGCCGAAGAGUGAGAUUGAUGAGAUAGUGCCCAAGGCGGCACAUGAUGCUCGGUAG